AUGGGAGCCACCUUAGAUAGCUAUUUCUUAGGUAAUACCUACGAGAACCCCUUCAUGAAUGCUUCGGGCGUUCAUUGUAUGACGGUUGACGAAUUGAAUGAAUUAAGAAGCUCGAGGGCUGGUGCCUAUGUUACCAAGAGCGCUACCCUUGUUGAAAGGGAGGGAAAUCCAAAACCUCGGUACCAUUCAACUUCUUUUGGAAGUAUAAAUUCUAUGGGGCUCCCUAAUAGAGGGUUUGACUACUACCUGAGCUAUGUAAUAGCUCAGCAGGGAGAAGCCGGCAAAAAAAAUGCUCCUUUUCUGUCCGUAGCUGGAAUGAGUCUGGAAGACAACCUAAAGAUUUUGGGUGCCAUACAAGAAAGUGAUUUCCAAGGUGUGACUGAAUUGAAUUUGUCUUGUCCCAACGUUCCUGGUAAGCCACAAAUUGGAUACGAUUUUGAAAUGACUGAAAUGGUUUUGGGAAAGGUUUUCAGCUUUUUCCGCAAGCCGCUUGGUGUAAAGUUACCACCGUACUUUGAUUUUGCCCAUUUCGAUAUAAUGGCUGAAAUAUUGAACAAAUAUCCACUUUCAUUCGUGAACUGUAUUAAUAGCAUUGGGAAUGGUCUUUACGUGGAUCUAGAAAAUGAAAUAACUGUUUUGAAACCUAAAAAUGGCUUUGGCGGGAUUGGUGGUGACUACGUGAAGCCUACGGCAUUGGCCAAUGUCCGUGCGUUCUAUACGCGCUUGAACCCUGGCAUUAAAAUCAUUGGUACUGGCGGCAUAAAAUCCGGUCAGGAUGCCUUUGAGCAUUUACUUUGUGGGGCUACCAUGUUACAAGUCGGAACUGCCCUGUACGAACGAGGGGUCUCUAUCUUUGAAACUUUGGAAAGAGAACUCCGAGAGAUAAUGGAGAAAAAGGGCUACACGUCAAUAGACGAAUUUCGCGGCAAGCUAAAAAGUUUAUAG